AUGGGACUUGGCGCUUGCUUUGGCCCUCCUUUGAGAUCUGGGGUCUUUUCUCCCCACCCCGGAGGCCCGGUGGGUGGAGGUGUUGGCGGGGAGGUGCCGGAUGGGGGUGUGGUGUGGUGUGGCGAGCGUACGGUGCUGUAUGCCAGAGUGGAAGUGUGGAAGGGAUGGUGUGCGGUGUGA